CUGGGUGCCUGCAGCGUGGCGUGUGCUGAGCAAGGAUAGAAAGUGGUGGGCAGCCCUGGUGAGAUGUGGCUGGAGAGGGAGCAGGCUGAGGGUUUGCUGGGUGUGGAAGCAUCUGGAAAGCCUCUGGCUGAGAGCUGAGUAUGGGGCUCAAGCUUUUUGCAAUCUUUGCAUUUGCAACAUGCGGUGGGUACUCUGGAGGACUGCGCCUCAGUGUGGACUGUGCAAACAAGUCAGAGAGUGACCUCAACAUUGACAUAGCCUUUGCCUACCCGUUCAGGUUGCAUCAAGUGAAUUUCGAUGCUCCCACUUGCGAAGGCAAGCGCCGAGAAACGCUCUCCUUGAUAGGGGACUUCUCCUCGUCAGCGGAGUUCUUUGUCACCAUUGCAGUCUUCGCCUUCCUCUACUCACUGGCUGCCACCGUGGUUUAUAUCUUCUUCCAGAACAAGUACCGUGAAAACAACAGGGGACCUCUAAUUGAUUUCAUUGUGACAGUGGUCUUCUCCUUCUUGUGGCUAGUGGGCUCAUCUGCUUGGGCUAAAGGACUGUCCGAUGUAAAGAUUGCCACCGACCCGGACGAAGUGCUCUUGCUGAUGUCAGCCUGCAAACAGCAGUCCAACAAAUGCUUGCCCGUUCGCAGUCCUGUUAUGUCAAGCCUGAACACUUCGGUUGUCUUUGGAUUCUUGAACUUUAUCCUCUGGGCAGGCAACAUUUGGUUUGUGUUUAAGGAGACGGGCUGGCACUCCUCGGGCCAGCGGCACGCUGCAGACACCAUGGAGAAGCAGUCCAGUGGCUACAACCAGGGCGGCUACAACCAGGACAGCUACGGGCCAGCUGGGGGCUACAACCAGCCAGGCUCCUACGGGCAGGUGGGUGACUACGGCCAGCCCCAGAGCUACGGCCAGAGUGGGCCGACCUCCUUCUCUAAUCAGAUUUAAGGUUCACGUGGUGUGAGCUCUUACAUCCCUCACACAUAGAGCAUUUAGCAGGUUUCCGUGGCACCAGGUUUUUAAGGGUUUUACACAAAUUAAUACUACAACACAGCGUUCAAUGUCGGCUGACGAUCUAAUUCUACCUCCUGAGGUGGAGGGGAGGUGGCCUGUGGCUGGAGCUGGCAUGUUGAGCCCCUGGUAGGCAUAUACAGGGGUGUGUGCAUCACAGGUGGUGACCUGGAGUCCGUGUUGUAGUGCGUACUGUAGAGAUAACUUUAUGGUAGUUUUGUAUGUGUUAAGAUGGUAGAAGCAUUUUGUAGCCUCAAGUCUGUAGUAUUUAAUAUGCAUAAUAUAAUUGAAUUUCCUUCUGCAUUUUGGUGAGAAACAGAAGUGUUUUACUAUUAUUUCUACUGAUUAUUCUGUAUAUCCAUGCAUGUAACGGUUUCAAAACUGCCUGUCUGUGACUCUUCAGAGCCUUUGUUUUGAUUACAUCUUUUGUUUCAGAAGAUUUUACUAUUAUUUCAAUUAACCGAGUCAUCUGUAACUUAGUGCAUGGAUAAAUGGUUUCAUACUACCAACUGUCUGGACUGUGUAAAUGGAACUUCUCAACUUCUGCCACUACGUUUUGUUAAAUGUAUGUUUAAAAGAAGUAUGCAUCUUUUAUAUAUUUUGCAGAGUUGAAUAUAUGGCUUACCCAAGUUCUGAAUGCUUUGUAACAAAAAUGUUUUUUUCCUUGAAAUGGCAUUCAGUAGUAUAUAUGGUACCUGACCAAUGUUUAUUCCAUCUAACCGAGCUAAGUAUUCAUUCUAUAAAUCACUAUUUCUAUGGAUGUUUUGUGAAUCUUUAUAUGUGAGCUGUGGAGAAUACGGACCAAGUAACUGUGUUAUAUGUUUACAGAGGUAUUUAUUUAACUAAGAUAACAGAGGUGCAGAUAUCAGCAUAUAAAUCCACCUGAAGAUGCCCUGUUUCUCAGUACAGUAAAACAUGAAAAAUGCAUGUACUGUUGUGACCUUACGAAGCGUAAGCAUUCCUUUAUGCCCUCUAAUCGUAAGAAAGUCUUUCUAUCUGUGCUGUUCAAAGAUUGUUAGAUUUCCCUGUGUUCUGUUGCCGCUCUCAGCAUGAGCUUGGUGCUACUGGAGAAUGUAACUGGAUUGACCAAAUAGCCCAGGUUCAGAGGAACUCAUGCUAAAAUAGCCAGUGCCUGGCUCAUAGCCCACUGGGAUUUCUCCCUGGAAGAUUCCUCACUGCAGAGUAUUGGAUGUGUUGACAUGAAGUAAAGCCUGAAACACGAUAUGAUAAUCAAAACUGAUCAUCUGCAUUUCUAAAUAAAAGUGUAUCAGUAUAUAAUCUUGUAUGAGCUGUAAUGUUGAAAGCAUCUUAGCUUAAAACAGCUUAGUUUCUUCUAUGAUUGUUGUAACCAAUUUAUGGCUACUUGGUGGAUGAAUCUAUAUUGUGAUAUCUAUUUGACCCUAAUAAAGUUAUUGCAUACAAUGCACUUUUUUCAGAGUAUGAUAAUAUUAAAAUGUCACUGCAAAAUAACUAAGAUGAUGGACAGAAUAUCAUCUGUGUGCUUGACCUUAUUGGUCAUAUUAUUGUUUUCCAACACCUUUAUGAGCAUUGUUUCAAUGUGCAGUGGAGUAUGAGAUGAUUCUAUGGAUACUUGUC